AUGAAGCUCGUCGCUGCCUACCUUUUGCUCACCGUCGGUGGAAACACCUCCCCAUCAGCUGAGGACGUCAAGAAGCUCCUCUCAACUGUCGGUAUCGAAGCUGAUGACAGCCGCCUCAACAAGCUCAUCGAGGAGGUUAACGGCAAGAACAUCGAGGAGUUGAUCGCUCAAGGUACCGAGAAGCUCGCUUCUGUUCCAUCUGCUUCUGCUGCUGCUGCUCCUGCUGCAGGUGCCGCUCCAGCCGCCGCUGAGGAAGCACCAAAGAAGGAAGAGCCUAAGGAAGAGUCUGACGACGACAUGGGUCUCGGUCUCUUCGAUUAG